AUGGCAUCAACUCUGCGGGUACUGUUGGAUAAAAGAUCACUUCCAACAAGUGAAGAAAUCUCCAUCUCUUUGGAUGUGGUUCAAGCACUUAAUUAUCUGAUUUUUAGAAGGACUCGUAUCCGAUUAUUCAUCGAGAUGUAAGUGGUAGUAACGUGUUGCUGUGGCGAGAAGCAAAUCACUGAAGAGCAAAAUUGUCGAUUAUGGAACAGCAAACUACACCCACAGAAUAUGACAGUUGGUCCAGGUGCAAGAAUUUAAAGCGCAUCAGAGGCAUUCACAAAUAAUCAGACCGAGAGGGUAUUUCUUAAACAAAUUUUGUGUUUACAUUUUGCAUUCGCACUAAUGCAGACCAUGACACUCGGGGUUAGCAAAGUCGAAAGCUUUUCGCAACUGAAAAAAGACUUCAUGGAAGAGCUUUUGUUUUCAAAAAAGUUCAUUUUCAUCAUAUCUUCUUUUUAAGGUUGAUGUGUACAGUUUUGGUAUCCUCCUUUUCGAGGUAUGCAUUUGAACCAGAUCCUUAGAAGAUGCCUCCAUGUUGACGGACCUGGUAUUUCGGGGUCUCGUUCGCAUGGUUGCCGCGAGAUCAAGGUGAGAAGGCGAGACCAAGAACAGCGAACUAGAACAACCAGUUUUAAAGAGGAUCUUAUCGGGUCCACU